AUGUCCAGCACGACAAACACAAGCGACGGAGGCGUUGAAACGCUCGCGAAGGAAGAGGCACGCCUGACACAAGAACUUGCAGAACUCCAAAGACCUCAAAAGAUUCUGAAGCUGAAGGCUCAGAUCGAAGCAGCCCGUAAAGGCACUCCUUCAAGCGAUGAGCAUGAUCGAUCUUGCUGUCUGACAAUAUUGAGAGCUGAAGAGCAGGCGCACGGCGGGACUCGAGCGCAACUGGACCAAAAAACCCUGGAGUUAGACAACCUCAAAGUUGAGUUUUCUGCCAGAGAGAAAGAGCUUGCCACCAUCAAAUCGAAGUUAAAACAGGUGGAGGACGAGUUGAAGAUAAUGACCCAGGCCAGAGAAAAAGAGCAGACUGCACACAAUCAGACAAAAGCUAGCUUGAAGACGAUGGCUGAAUUGAAAGACCAAGAGCGGACUGCACACAACAAAACAAACACCAGCCUAAAAGCCAUGGCUGGCUUGAGAGACCAAGAACAAACUGCACACCACAAGACACAGGUUCUUUUAGAAACAGUGACUCAGGCCAGAGACAAAGAACAGGCCGCACACGAGCAAGCCAGAGCCACUUUGAAAACCGUGACUGACGCCAGGGACCAAGAGCAGACUGCACACGCCCUAACGAAAGCUGCCCUAACAAGAGUGACUGGGUUGCUAGAUCUGGAGCAAGCUGCACACAACCAGACGAAGACAGACUUGAAGGCAAUGACUGCGUCCAGAGACGAGCAACAAACAGCACAGCGACGUACAGAGGCUGAUUUAGAAGCCAUGACUGAAUUGAGAAAUCAAGAGAAAAUAGAUCAUGACAAUCAGAAGAAAUACUUGAGAGUUCUGGAGGCAGACAAUGACGCGAAGGACGAACAGAUUCGAGAUUUAGAAAACUCCGCCGCAAGGGCCGUCCCAUCCCUGGUGCGAGACAUUCGAUUCCAAGAUGGCUACCCCAAAGCCGAGGGCAGUUGGACCUUGCUGAACGAAUCGUACAAGAUAAAUCACAAAGGAGAUAUCGUUAAGUACGAAAAAAAAGGUGGCAAGAGCUGGAUACGAUAG